AUGGAAAGCUCGGGUUUAAGCCACCGCUCCAAAGCUUACCAAUUCGCAUCAGAAAAAACACCCGAAUCGUCUUCAUUCUUCUGUGAUUUUCUCAGAGAGAAUAUGAAUGGCGCGAUAUCAAUAGACAAUCGUGGCGACACGGUUCUCCAUCUUUUGGCGAUCCAUGGCAACGUGGAUGUCAUGGAAAGUCUAGUUCUAACUAACGAAUUACUGAUGAAAAAGAACAUGAAUGGAAACACCGCCCUGCAUGAAGCUGCGAGGUUUGGGCAGGCGGGCGUGGCGAAGAUCAUGUUGAGGAAGAAACAAUAUCUGGUAAUGGAGCAGAAUGAGUCGAGAGAGACGCCUCUGUACCUUGCUGCUGCGUAUGGGAAGAGGGAAGUUUUCCAAGUUUUGGAGAGUUUUGGUAGCGAUUGCUUGACAAGGAGACGUGAUGGUCGUACCAUUCUCCAUGCGGCCGUUGAGGGAGAACGUUACUGCCAUCCAGAAACAACACCUUGUGAUGGACCGCAAAAGGUGACCGACGCCGCCAGCCAGGUCAAAUACCUUGAAACCGAGCUGGGACGGUCAAAGGCUUCUUUGGAGAUUGCAAACGCUGACAAUUGA